AUGGCUCUCUGUGUUUGCAAAUGCCUAAAUGUAACUCUUGAAGGUGAUAAAAUUGAAGACAAUGUCGAUAUUGGGAAACUGGAGUUAACAUCCAUGGAACAAAGGGAUAUUUUUUUCAGUGAGAAGCUGCUAUCAUGCUCUUUAAGCAGCCUGAAGAGCCAGGUGACCCAGCCUGCCCUGGUGGAACAGCGACCAGUGGGCAGGUGGACAGUGCACUCCUGCCUGGCUUGUGGAGAAGCUACUCAUGCUAUAUCACAUGACAAAAAUGGACCUUAUGCAUUACUUAUUUCUAAAUCUAUUCAGACUACACAAGACCGGAUUAAUAAUUUGAAAAAGUCAAACAAUUAUUCACCUGUAUUUAAUUUAUUAGUACCAGAGGUAACUAAUGAUAUGGAGAUGAAGGAAAAUGUGGAUACAAACAAUGUUAUAAACAGUGAUAGGAAUGUGUGGCUGCCGACCCAGCAAGUGAUCGGCACGCUCAGUAAACAGUUGAAUCAGACUCUGCAGUCACAGCUGGAGGCAGUUGAGGAGUCAGUCAGGCAGUUCAGAGAUCAGAAGUAUGCAGAGUUUGAGGCCUACAGGGAGAGGGCUCAAAGAGAUCAUAAAAUUUUAGCUAGUAUCAUAAGCAAGGCGCGUAAUAACGUCGACCGAGACAACUGGCGGAUCGACUCGACACUCGACAAUGGACCACCCUCCCCCCAUCUACCCCCUCUACAGAGGAGAAGGCUGUCCUCUUUCAAAGAUGCCAAAAAAGUCACUCAGAAUUAUGCUAAGCCUCCCAGAAAUAUGCAACCUGAAGAAGAUUCGUUAGAAGCAGAAGAUCUCUUUGAUUUAGAAGGCUAUGAUUCGAGGAAUAAUAUGCUCUCUGAUCAGGACGAUUAUGAUUCUGAUCAAGGUAGUAAUGACGAGGGUAUCCAUAUCUCUCGUCCUCGCGGCGGCGGCGGAGUUGAUAUGAUAGCACGUUCUCUACCUAUGAAUAUGCCAAAGUUCCCCGUUGACAGACCAAGUCAUCGGGAUUUGGAUGAUGAUGAGGACCCGCAAGACAUAGCGGCGAGUAUCAAGGCACUGGCUCGGUCAGUGCACGGCGACGUGUACGAGCUACCGCGGCCGCGCUUCUCCACCCAGAUCUAG